AUGCGUGGUGACGACUCUCUGGAGCUUGUGUGUGAACCGGCUCGUCGCCGGCAUUAUUCCCCGCUUUGUUUGAUUUUCCAUCAUCGUUUGCGCAGCUUUUUCCCCGAAGGGAACUGCGCCUACAGGUGCGCUCCUCAUCUCCUACGCGGCAUGAAACGGAGACGCACGACACGUUUGAUGACUUUACGACGCAGUCAAAGAGUGAUUUACUGCAUGGUGUUGUGUGCCUCCUGUACAACGCCUGCCUAUGACUCGGCUGAACCAUCUGAUGCCUUUCAGAGAAGGCGCAGUACCGCUGGAAGCAGCAGCCGCGACUCCUUCACGGACUUCUUCUCGCAUGGCUCCGUGCAUUUAUUCGCUAGUUUCACCACGCCUACCACGGCGCUUGACACGGAAGGCAUACACUUCAUUGCUCGUGCGCCGGACAUGACGGAGAAGGAGUGGAGGAACGCCCUUCUUGCCUUCGAGGACACGGUGCAGCUGAAGACCCACUGA